UAUCCGUGGACCUUGGCCACUCCUUGCCAGCGUCCACCUCUUCCUUCGUCAUGCUCGCUUGACGGCGUCAGGGAGGGAGACGGUGGCCGGCAUGGAUCGACCCGCUAGAGGACGAUGGAAUCGGCGUGGUGGCCGUGGGUUCGGGAGGCCAGGGCCGACCGGAGCGGCUGCGGGCUGGACCUCGUCCACUGGGACUACGAGGUCAACCCCCGAUCUGGAUCUGGACUUUGCUGCCGGAGAGCGCGGUACGCGGGGCGGCGGCUGUGGCUUCGGCGGGCGGCGCGGAGCUGGGGUCCAGAUGCAGGGCGGCGGCCUCAGCAGGUUGGUGUGGCGACCUAAGGGUUCCCAGGCCUCCCCCACUGCGGAGUGCGACGCGGCGUCCUGCUCCGCCACGCUGGACAACGACGACCUCCUCGGCCAGAUCCUGCUCCGCCUCCCGCCGCUGCCGUCCUCGCUCCCGCGCGCCGCCGCGGUCUGCAAGCGCUGGCGCCGCCUCGUCGCGGACCCCGGGUUCCUCGCCCGCUUCCGCGCACACCACGGGAAGGCACCCCUCCUCGGCUUCUUCUUCUACAACAGAGGCAAGAUUGGCUUCACUCCCGUGCUGGAUCCGCCGGAUCCUACCCCUGCCGUGGAUCGCUUCGCCCUGCGGCUUCCCAGGGGCAGUAAUAUCCAUGGCUGCCGCCACGGCCGUGUCCUCAUCGCCUACGGCAAUAGUUUCCUGGUUUGGGACCCGGUUUCUGGCGAUCAGUGCCACUUGCCCUACCCCUCGGCUUCCGGUGGCACCAAGUAUGCCAUCGAUGCCACAAUCAUUUGUGCCGCCUCUGCCACCGAACAAGGUCAUGUCCACGGUUCUUGCCACUCCAGCCCCUACCGGGUGGCGUUCCUAGGCAGCCAUGGUGAACAAAUUAUCAGCUACGUUUACUCAUCGGUUACUGGCACAUGGGGCGAUGCCAUCUCAAUGACGUCUCUGAAACCGUUUGACCCAGAUGAAUUCAUUUCUUGCAAUAAUAUCCUAGUUGGGAAUUUCAUUUACUGGCUCCUAAAUGAAAGAACUAUUUCCAUACUUGAGUUUGAUUUGGACAGGCAGAGCCUAGCUACAAUAGAGGUACCGCCAGAAAUGAUUGACAUUAACCCUGUUGUCCGUGAAGAGUCCGAAUUUUUGAUUGUGCCAGCAGAAGGUUGUGGGCUUGGCUUACUCAUGAUAGCAGGUUUCAGUGCUCGAAUAUGGAAGAGGAAGUACAGUUGUGAUGGAAAUGCUGGAUGGGUGCUCAUAGAUACUAUCAGACUAGAUCAUCAUCUUCGACUCAAGCCGUGGGCACAUACAUUCCCCCCUGUGCUACUAGGGUUUGCUGAAGACCAUAAUGUGGUGUUUCUGUUGACUGGUGGCCGUGUUAUUUUUAUGGUCCAUCUCGACUCAUGGCAGUUUAAGAAACUUCCAGACAAAAAGAUGUAUCGCUUGUGCUACCCAUUCACAAGUUUCUGCGCAGCAGGGCUAGGGCCAUUGUCUCCCGUGACCUCGGUGCCACAAGUCAUGAGUGCUAUGGAUUCAUGGUCUCCCCUUGAAGCCAUCAAUGGUGAGCCAAAUUCACUGGUUGAGGUUGGCAUGGCAGAUCGGUGGGAUCCUAUGAUACUCGAAGCUUCUAUCAAUGCCACCUCUGUUCAGAACCAAAGGUUGUGAUUGUGAGGCCACUUUUGGUGCCUAGAAUUUUCUUCUGGUUGCCAAGAUGCAGGAAUGCCUUGUCGCAUUGUUGGUUAGGUUCCUCAUCUUGUAUGCAGUUUGCUUGUGCAUUAUCCAUAUGGAUAUUGAUUGUGCUUUGUGUUUAGUUAAUGUGGCUUAACAAGAUCAACAACCUAGUAUAACAGGUGGUUCAGCCCUUCUUUGGCAAUGCUGAUGGCUGGAAACUUAGAAUGACAUUUGACAUUAGACUUAGUAGCUCUUCAGAUGCUUGAAGGCUUUGUAUGUUGAAUGCAUUAAUACACAUUAUCUGAAGGUACUUUAUAUUGAGAGAGCGCCUGUUGAGGAUAAACUGAGUAAGAAUUGUUGAAUUGGUGCUGUAUAAGACUUGCAAAGGUUCAUGAAAGUGUUUUUUUAUUUCUAGGAAAGGAACUUCUUAUGAUUCUCAAUGGCGUCAGCCCAUCAUUUUUUUGAGCCAUGGUGUUUGUAUCAAAUA